AUGGUAAAAUCAUAUGCAUCAGCUUUAGAUUUAAAAGAUGAUAAAGUAUUGAUUGAAGAGUAUAAAAAGUAUCAUCAAAAUGUAUGGCCAGAGGUAAAGAAUAGUCUACUUGGUAUUGGUAUACUUGAAAUGAAGAUAUAUCUGUUGGGUAACCAUUUAUUUAUGUACUAUGAAACCAAUGAUUCAUUUGACCCUCAAGUGGACUUUCAACGAUACGCUACCGAUAAUCCCAAAACAUCAGAAUGGGAUAAUUUAAUGAGGAAAUUUCAACAAAAAUUAAAAGAGGCCAAACCAACUGAAUGGUGGGCAUCAAUGGAACAAGUAUUUGAUCUAACUCAAUAA